AGUCGCGGAGUAAAUUUGGGCCGGAGCGGUUCCUGGCGUACGUCAGUCUGUCUCCCCGGAGCUCCCGGUCCGCGCGCGUCCGCUUUUAGAACGAAACAAAUGAACAACCCAAACCGAAACUAGUGUCUUAAAUUCUCAAGUUAAAGUGUUAUGUGCAACAUUAACAAUAAACAUUAAUAUGCUGCCUCAAUAUAUUGAACGUUCUUGAUAGAUCGUGGAACGACACUGCAGAAGCAUCAACAGAUUGAAACAUGGAAACUGAUAAAAUGUCGACGGCGUCUUCGGUGGCAGAAAGGCGGCCGCUAAUGCAGGCCCUGGUCAUCGAAAGACGAAUACUCUUUGCCUGCACUGUACUGGUGGGUCUCAGCACUUUCAUAUGGAUAACAGCCGUUUGCACCCAAAAAUGGAUACACAUAGAAGGACUAAAUGGUGUUGAGCUUCCUGUCAAAGGAAGAUAUUUAAUGUACAGUGAUUCUGGAGUUUGGCAAAUAUGCCGUUACGUUUUUUUCGAGGACAAGAACAGUACUGAAUCUAACUCUACAGUGAGAACCAACGGCAUUUUAGGAUUAAAAGGACAAUUUUAUACAAAAUGCACCAAUUAUUUAACACAACCAGUGAUGGAUGCUGGGAAGCCUAUUGACAAAGCAUACAAUGUAGAUAUAGCUAACUAUGUGAGAACAAUGCUAUCGUUUGGCAUCAUCAGUAUUUUCGUGAUGGCGAUGGGAUGCGGUUUUUCAGUGUACACCUUCCGCAAUCCGCGGUAUAUGUUCAAAAGACUAGCUGCAGGAAUACACUUUAUUAGCACUUCCUGCACAUUCGUUGUGGUGCAGGUAAUGAUGUCGUCGGCAGACCAUAUGAAGAAAAGUGUAAAAUAUGUUUAUCCAGAACUUGCCUACCACUAUUACCACAUUAGUUUCUACUUGGCUUGCAUCGUGGUGCUUGUCAACUUCUUUGCCGCAGCUUCAUUCCUCUGGUACUCGAGAAAGAGGAAGGGAGAUAAGGCUGCCACAGACGAGCUAGCCAUGGCUGACGAACCAACUAUUAUUGGCCGAUGACGUCACUGGCGAACCACGUCUUUCCUUAAAUCUUUAUUGAACAAUGCUCAAAUGACCAAAACUAGAAAUGUAACAGUUUUUAUGUCUUCCAUAAAGCAUGCUAUUUCAAUAUGAGCAGAAUCUCUGUUAUCUCCUUUUUUUUAGACUACUUAUCUUGUCUGUAUCAUAUAUUAUAAAUAAAUACUUGUUUUUAUUUUGUUAUCUAUUGUCUAAAAAAGAGAAGUUUUAUUUCACUGGUUAAGAUUUUUAGUCUGUUAUACUGCUACUACAUGAGUUAUAUAUAAUCCUAUUUCAUAAAGUACUGCAAUAUCACAUGUUCUAUUACAUGUAUACGUUUUUACUAAAUAGUUUACGAUGUCACUAUAGAAAUAUGUAGAACACUUGGUUCACAUGAUUCCAAUAUCUGCACUAUUUUUAUAUACAGGAAGCUGUUAUGGUACUUGCAAAAUGACGAUCUCGUGCAAGAAAAAAUAAUUUUAUAUACAAUAUUAUAUGCAAUAAUAUAAUAUUUAAUGCAGAAUAAAUACAAAUAUGGGCCUAGAGUAUGAACACCAAAGCUAUUGAAUAUUUUCUUGUACUAAUUCUUAAUAUAAUAACUUUUUGCUAAUGAGCGUUUACGUGUUUACUGAAAAAAGAUUUUACGUUGAAUAAUGGAAAUGGAAAACUAUAUAAGGGUUACAACUUUGAUAUAUACGAGUAUGUACAUUAUAUUAUUAAAUGUCUAUUCUUACGUUUUCGCCUUGUUAAUCUUAUGGGCAGAUAGAAAAAUGUGUUUUUAUUUUAUGUCGAUAAAAAUAUCUUUGAAAUUGAGACAUAUUAAGCAAAGUAAAAAGUACAAAUUGAUUUUGUCAUCUGCGUUGUAAUUUUGAUUUUAGUUAUUUAAAGGAUUCUUGUUUUAAAUUUACCAAUUUAGGUUAAUUCAAAAUUAAAAAGUUCAUACUUUUGUUAGGUUAAAAUUGUUUACAGUAUGUUGUGUUGUUAUAAUGUAUUUCAAGAUAUCUUUAAAAUAUUUUCUUCGGCCUAAUAGGAUUAACGAAGUUAUGAGUGAUGUAUGUUUAUACUAGGUUAAAAAAAAUUAAAAACUGUGUGGACUGAAUAUAUUUACUAUCUUUUACUUAUCCACUGAAUCAGUUAUAAGUGCAAUUUCUUAUGGCACCACAGUAUCUUAAGCAUUAUUUAUAUUUCGUAUAUUAAUUUAUAAAUCCAUCAUAAGAUCAUGUGUUCGAGGGGCACAAGAGAGAGUUCUCAGAGGUCACAGAUUUCAAAAAUGCUUUGCUAGAUGUGUAUAUCAGUUGACUCUCGAUUUCUUGUCUUUAUGUCCAUGAUAACACCCAGGAGUACCAUCUAAGCGUCCAAGAAAACUCUCUUGCGAAAACUAUAAUUUCAUAGGGUCCAAUGUUUAGUUAUAGUAGCCAUGCCAGCCAUAUAAGCUUGGACCUAGCAGAAGGAGCAAACUUAAAAAGUGCAGUCUUAAUGUUGUCAAAGAGGAUAUGCAUCAAUAUUCUGAUAAAUAAGGAUACCAAAGAGAAAAGAGAUAAUAGUCAAAUCGGAGAAGAAGAUGUAAGAAAAUGGCUUUUUGAACUCCGACGAUGUGGAAGAAUAUGGGAAAAUAUUCUGAUGAAAGAGAAAGUCUUAUAAGGUUUUUUUUACUUGUAGCUAUCGUCCAAUGACGUCGCUAGUCUUGACACCUAUUGUUAAUAUAAUAAUGCCUAAUUGUAUAUUUGUAUGAGUGUUGGAAUUUGAUUGUGCUGUCCGACUUAUAAUCAUGUUGCAUUGUUGUCCUGCAAUGGUUCUAGUCAUAUACUUAAGCAUAAAUAUGAUGUAUGUCUAAUACUACUCUUUGUUUUGCCAUUGGUGAGAUUUACUUUCCACCAAUAGAACUUAAAUUAUUUUGUGUAUUCUCAUCGAUAUGGCAAAAUGAAGUGUAGUGCGUUUAUUCCAAUGAUACAUUUGCGUUAUCGUGUGUAAAUUACGUUGUACGUUCUUCCUAUUUAUAUAUAUAUAUUUUAUUGAAUAAAACUCCCAAACACUUUGA